GUUGGGAUUUACUAUAUAGGUAACUUUUUAUGAGAUGCUGCCACGUAAGGAGAGAUGAGAGCUCUUCUCGUUCUCAAGCCUUUGCUUCUCUCCAGCUGCCAGGUUUCUAGGUUUUGCGCCCGCGUGCCCCAUUCCAGGCGAUCGGCCAUGGCGUCUGGGAGCUGUGCCGGAUUGGCAGCCAAUUCCGCGGCGGCGACGUCGGCGAUCGCGCUAUCCCAAAGCGCUCGCGCGAUCCCAGAUCAUCAGGCGGCAUUGUCGCCCCUGCAAGAUUUCGACUCCUCUGCGAAUGCAAUCAUCCUCGAGCCAGUCCGGGAGGGAGGUCAGGAUGUGGCUAUCGUGUUCGCUUCUGGCGCAUUGACGCCCGCGAGCGAUUACAUCCCGCUUUGCCAGGAGAUCCAGCGCUCUUGCGAGCUCCGGAUGUGGAUUGCGAUUGUCAAUCCUCCAAAUAACGUGAUUUCCCAGGAGAUCAUCGAGCAAAGCCUGGAUGGAAUUCUCGAGAGGAUGAAAGACCGUGGGUUUCGUCCAGGACAGCUUGCAAUGGAUAACAUCUUCAUCGCAGGCCACAGCUGGGGAGCCUGGACUGGAAGAGCAGUAGCAGUGGGUCGUGCUCAAGGAUUCAUCCAGAUUGGAAGCUGCUUCCACACGAAUCCAGAUAAUCUGAGCCAGUAUCCAAAGCCGGUUCUCACUUUGAGCGGGGAGCUGGAUGGACAGAUCACUUUGGGAGCGAUUGCCAAGCAUGCAGGAGAGAUCUUCGACGUCGAGGAAGAGAUGGGAAGCUUCAAUACUUAUGGAAGGAAGCCCGUGGUGGUCAUCCCCGGCAUGAACCAUGCACAGGUCUCACACGGAGUUCCAAACAAAGCUAGAGGAGACCUCGACGCCGAGAUACCAAUCGAGCAAGCUCGAACUGAUGUUGGGAGAUUGAUCGCUGCCUUCGUCACGGUACAUGCUGCUCCCGAGAGCGCGAGUGCGUUGCUUGAGCUGGAAAAAGCUGUGAAGAACACACACGAGACGUGUAGGAGUUACUGGGAGGCGAUAAAAGAGCAGGGAUCAUCCGGCGUGAAGAACUAUCAGCUCGAUCUCGCAAAGGUAUCGCCUCAAGUUUUGAGCGAGGGCCAGGUUUCUGUGAUCCAGCACGACUACGAAGACAACUUUGUCUACUCCAAGCCGUGGAUCGAGCACAAGCCAGCACGCAAGGUGUUUGUCAACACGUACUUGAAGAGCCAAGACAACUUUCAGGUGGUGCGGAGCUUGUGGAUCAAAAUGAAGAGCAGGGAAGCGAUCACCACAGCUUUUAAAGCAGCUGACGAUCAAAAGGACGACGCUGCAUCAUCACCAUCGUCCAGGAUCGCUGCCGGUUUCAACGAGAGAACGUUUCAAGAGGCCUUGAAGCUGGUCCCGGAGAGAGCCCGGGCAAAGUUCCUGGACCGUGGGAGGAAGCCGAGAUUUGUGGACGAUCUGGUGAUCUCGGACUCGGCCCCCAAGUGGAUCAAGAGCGACGUAACUUUGGUCGCUGCCGAGGAUGGAUUUGCCGACGUUCAAUCGCCAGUUCUAAUCAGUCCGAUGGAGAUGCCGCCCAGAUUCGCUGGAAUGCACUACAUGAAACUUCUCACCAUUGCUGGAGCCAUGAAGUGGAUCUUCACGGACUGCUAUCGUACUACGUGAUAAACGUUCGUGACAAAAUGAAAACCAUAUGAUAUGUGAGCUGUAUCUCAGCCGCUUGUUUGAAGGGCUCAUGUUCGUCCACGUGUCGAGUAUUGGUCUUGACUUUC